AUGUCUCUUUUUAAGACGCCUCCAUCCCUUGAAGAGUUCGACCCUCUCAAUCCUGGAGAAUGGCAGCUUGGAGCUGGUGGAAAAAUCCUCCCCCGACUUCCUGAGGGAACAAGAGUGGGCAAGCUCGUGAUGGGCAAGUAUGGGCUGUACGAUCCCCAGUUGAGAAAGAGAGUUGAAGUUUACUCGAAAGCUCUUCUUGAUGGAAAGAAGUCCGAAGAGGCCGGUCCGUUCGAUCGAGCCAUGACAAGAAAUGGUGAAGAUUCCUCGGUACCAUCUGCCUCUUCAUGGGACUCUAUAACCUUUUCACGCUUGCAUAUGGAAAAUUGCUGCCACCUUAUACAUACUUGA